UGGGGGCGGGGCUUUUGCUUGACGCGCAGGGUGUUAGUGGUCUGUAGUUUUUAGUUUGAAGCGAAAAGUGAAUGAAGACGUCCUUCGCUUAGAUUCAGCCUCUCAGAUUCUCUCCACCGUCCUCCAGCUGAAAUGUCGACUCCAGACGCAGCAGGAACCCCAGGAGCUCCCGGGGCCCCCGAAGGUGAGGGGGGUCCUCCAGCUCAGGCCCCAAACCUGACGAGCAACCGACGACUUCAGCAGACACAGGCACAGGUGGAUGAGGUGGUCGACAUCAUGCGUGUGAAUGUGGACAAAGUCCUGGAGCGAGAUCAGAAGCUGUCGGAGCUGGACGACCGGGCCGAUGCCCUGCAGGCAGGAGCCUCGCAGUUCGAGAGCAGCGCCGCCAAACUCAAGAACAAGUACUGGUGGAAAAAUUGCAAGAUGAUGAUCAUCAUGGCAGUUGUAGGUGUUAUAUUUGUCGGCGUCAUUUUCUUGUAUUUCUUCUACUGAGCAGGACGCAGGACAAGUCUGUACCACCAAGCAAGCCAAAUCCAGCCUCUCCUCAGCGCUCCUCCUGCUCUUCGUCCUCCUCUUCCUCAAAAGCCUCCAAGCAUGGUGACAUAAUGUGCUCCACUACCUCUGCAUGAGGCCGGUUUCCUGAGUCUGACAGCAGCUUUGGUGUACUGCAUCACGGCAGAAACGGUUUAAACCUGCUGCAGGUGUAAAAUCUGUCGAGCCAGGUUUGACCUGUAAACAUUGUGCUUCCUGCUGCCGUUAGCUUUUCUACAGCUCUCGUGUACAGAAUGUGCACAAAAGAAAAAACAAUUAAAGAGAAACUAAAACCACCUUUGAGCCGAGUCGCAGGGAUAGGAAGCAGUGAGAGUUACUGCACAGCUGCAGAAAGGCAGGCGAAUACUCCGUUUGUCUUUAAAUACUAAGGAAAGGAGCUUCAGUACUUCCUUUAUUACCUCCUUUAGCAGAGGAGGAGACACUGAAAGGAAAAUACCUCAAUGCAACGUGCUAAAAGACUGUUCCCAAAAAUAAAGGAUCAACAUAAAUGAACAGAAAUGCAUCACGUGAAUCACAUGUACCAUAAAUCUCUCACUGCUUCUUAUGGAGAUGUUGCUGUGAUUUAAAUAUAAGAUCAUCAGUGAGUUUAAGGUUUCAGCAUUUAGGAUUCAAACCAGCAGGAAGAGAAAUUAGUUCACUUUCCAUCAACUGUAUUUUCUUCUCUUUGCAUUGUUUUAUCACAGAAUUACAAAGUCUGUAAGAUGCUCAUGCUCUGUCCACCCUGCGUCACAUUAUUAAACAGUCUACUGUCAGUGCUCUCGGACUCUGUGCUCCCCUUUUCCACAGUUUUCCAUAGAGGUCAAGGAAAGAGGAAAAAGGAAAUGACAGAGGCGGCCAUGUUUUGGACUUUUUGACUGCGGACAGUAUUUGAAGUAGGCAGAACUCGGUCCAUUUUGAGUGGAAGACGACGGCAGUCGUCCUCUUUUAGCCUGAUGCAGAAAUCCUGCUGAUGACCAGCCAUCAUCUCUAUCAGGGUUGGUUGAGCCAGCUAAUGCAGAGAAAGCCCGACUACACUGAACCUCUCAGAGCAGUUUGUUUCACAUCGUCUGAACCUGUCAGGUUAUGUUCAUCACAGGAGCUUGUUGUAAUCUGUGCAGUCGGGACUUUUCCGCGUGUUUGAAACGAGCUGUGAUUGGCUGAGAACAGAACCAGGGGAGGUGCAGGAGUCUGGGUUCCUGCCCAGGCUUUAAACCUGUACCUGCUCUCCUCUGUUAAACCUCCUCUUAGUACAGCGACUGAGCACAAAUGAAUCACUCUCCUGCGUCUCCCUCAGUCCUCAGCUGCUGCCUGCCGUUUGUGUGUCGUGACCCGACCUGAGUUGUCUUGUCUGUGGUUUGAAUGUUAACCAUGUUUCUGUGUUCAGCCUGAAUCUGAUUACUCUGUGUGAAGGAGCUGAGGCUGAAGUUUAACCUAAUGAAAUAAAUGACUUCAUCAUCAC